AAGAAUAUGAAAUAACAAAAUUAAUUUCGCAAGACGCAGAUCACGGCAACACCGGCUGCUUCCGAGCGAACCUUAGUACUCGUCAGUCUUCUCGACACCGGUAACCCACGACGAAACACCUCAAAUUCUAGAAUCCUCUGGAAUCCGCUGCCACCAACCCCAGACAGCGGUGACAGCGGAGUCUCAGCCGCUGAUGCAACCAAGCCCCAUGAUUUUCCAGUCUGAAAUUUGAUUUUGGUGCUAUUUUUUGGUUAUCAUAAUUUAAAAUGGUGGCAAAGAUGGAAUCGUGAUUUAUUUUUGAGAGAAUCGAGAAAUGGGAAAGAAGAAAGAAGAGAAGGUGAUGGAUGACAAAGUAGACGUUGAUAGAGAUGAUGGUGCAUCUUGGUGGUUGGUUCAAAAAGGCAUUGGAGCUUCAUUUAUUUGUAUUGCUUUGUUUGCAUUACUAGUACGAGUUGCAGUGUCACUCCAUCCUUACUCAGGAGCUGGUAAUCCUCCAAAGUUUGGUGACUAUGAGGCGCAGAGGCACUGGAUGGAGAUCACUCUCAAUCUUCCAGUUACAGAGUGGUACCGUAAUAGCACCACCAAUGAUCUUAGCUACUGGGGUCUUGACUAUCCUCCCCUCACUGCCUAUCAGAGUUAUGUUCACGGCCUUUUUCUUAGAUUUUUUGACCCAGAGUCGGUUUCUCUUUUUACAUCUCGUGGUUAUGAAAGCUAUCUUGGAAAGCUACUGAUGAGGUGGACAGUUUUAUCCUCCGAUGCUCUCAUAUUCUUUCCUGCAGUUUUGUAUUUUGUUUGUGUUUACUAUACUUCUCACAACAGCAGCCGUAGAAAUGAUAUAGUGUGGCACAUUUCAAUGCUUCUACUUAAUCCAUGUCUGAUAUUAAUUGACCAUGGUCAUUUUCAGUACAAUUGCAUCAGCUUGGGCCUUACUGUGGGUGCUAUUGCUGCCGUCCUUUCUCAGAAGGACCUUGUAGCUAGUUUCUUAUUCACUCUUGCUCUGAACCAUAAACAGAUGAGUGCAUAUUUUGCUCCUGCUUUUUUCAGCCAUCUCUUGGGUAAAUGCUUAAGGUGUAAAAGUCCUCUUCUUGAAGUGAUAAAAUUGGGCCUGGUGGUCAUAGGAACAUUUGCUGUUGUUUGGUGGCCAUAUCUUCAUUCAGCAGAUGACUUUUUUGGGGUUCUUUCCCGUCUUGCCCCUUUCGAGAGAGGGUUAUACGAGGACUAUGUUGCAAAUUUUUGGUGCACCACAUCUAUUCUCAUAAAGUGGAAGCGAUUGUUUACAGUACAAUCAUUGAAGUUAGUUAGCUUUACUGCAACUGUUUUGACUUGUCUACCUUCAGUGGUUCAGCAAGUACUGGCUCCCAGUGGCAAAGGUUUCCUUUAUGGGCUUAUGAAUAGUUCUUUCUCAUUCUACUUAUUUUCAUUCCAAGUACAUGAGAAGUCUAUUCUGCUGCCGCUUCUGCCUGCAAGCCUAUUAGCCCUAGAAGAGCCUCGUCCUUUUCGAUGGUUGACACAUCAUGCCUUAUUUUCUAUGUUUCCUCUCCUUUGUCGUGACAAACUGAUUCUUCCGUACAUGGCGAUGUAUGCUCUCUUUACUCUUCUAUAUCUUACACCUGGUGGAAGAUCCCGUUUGAAGAAAACCGAUCAUUCCUCUUCUAUUGCAUCAAUUAUGAUCAGCUUUCUUUAUCUGUGCUCAUCUAUCCUUCAUAUUGUUUACUUAACCAUCCGUCCUCCUGAGAAGUUUCCUUACCUCUUUGAAGCAAUGAUUAUGCUUAUGUGCUUCCCCCAAUUCGCGUUGUGCGCAUUUUACUCCAAUGCAAAGCAAUGGUUGUUAUCAAAACAUUCUACAGUAGAUAAGGAAAAGAAACUUAUUUGAUUGUCAUGUUUCUGAAAUUAGCUCACACUUCAUAGCAUUUUAUCUAACUUUUGUUUCCUCUCAGAAUCUCAAAUCCAUAGCAGCAAAUGCCCAUAGGCAUGUGCUGGGUGACUAGUUAUUGGAUUGACUCAUCUCACUGUGAGAAGUUUCUUGGCCGUUUGAGCCAAUAUUCAUAUUUUACAUGCUUUUUGGAGAAUACGCCUAAUUUGCU